UUGAAGAUAAGUGUGUCUUAAAAACUAGAACUUGGGCCUUUGAAUACAAGAACAUAGGUGAAAUCAUUCUUCAUUAGCUUGUGUUGGUUUAAAGUAUGUUCCUAAACUAAACCCAAAAAAGAUAAUGAGAUUGACACAGGUUGUGUUGGUUUUGCUUUGGUUUCUUGGUGUUUAUGCUCCUGCUUGUUUUUGUGCCAAUGUUACCUAUGAUCAUAGAGCAUUGGUUAUUGAUGGCAAACGAAGGGUCCUCAUUUCUGGUUCCGUUCAUUAUCCUCGUAGCACUCCACAGAUGUGGCCGGACCUUAUUCAGAAAUCCAAAGAUGGAGGAAUUGAUGUCAUUGAGACUUAUGUUUUCUGGAACUUACACGAACCCGUUCGAGGCCAGUAUAAUUUUGAAGGUAGGGGGGAUUUGGUUGGAUUUGUGAAGGCAGUUGCAACAGCAGGUCUAUAUGUUCAUCUCCGGAUCGGUCCUUACGCGUGUGCGGAAUGGAAUUAUGGUGGCUUCCCUCUUUGGUUGCAUUUUAUUCCGGGGAUUAAGUUCAGAACUGAUAAUGAACCAUUCAAGGCAGAAAUGAAGCGGUUUACUGCGAAGAUUGUGGACUUGAUGAAGCGAGAGAAGCUCUAUGCAUCACAAGGAGGACCAAUCAUUUUAUCUCAGAUUGAAAAUGAGUAUGGAAACGUUGAUAUACACUAUGGUCCUGCUGGUAAAUCUUACAUCAAUUGGGCAGCAUCAAUAGCUACAUCUCUUGAUACAGGUGUUCCCUGGGUUAUGUGCCAGCAAGUAAACGCGCCUGAUCCAAUUAUUAACGCGUGCAAUGGAUUUUACUGUGAUCAAUUCACGCCAAACUCAGACAAGAAACCGAAAACUUGGACUGAGAAUUAUAGUGGAUGGUUUUUUGCAUUUGGAGAGGCUGUGCCUUAUAGACCUGUGGAAGAUCUUGCAUUUGCUGUGGCACGCUUUUUUCAGCGUGGUGGAACUUUUCAGAAUUACUACAUGUACCAUGGAGGGACUAACUUUGGCCGGACAACUGGCGGACCGUUCGUUUCCACUAGUUAUGAUUAUGAUGCACCCAUUGAUGAGUACGGAAUAAUUAGACAGCCCAAAUGGGGUCAUCUUAAAGAUUUGCAUAAGGCCAUAAAGCUUUGUGAAGAAGCAUUGAUAGCUACUGAUCCAACAAUUACAUCUCCGGGUCCAAAUCUAGAGACUGCAGUUUACAAGACAGGAGAUGUAUGUGUCGCCUUCCUUGCUAACAUCGGUAUGACCGAUUCAACGGUAACUUUUAAUGGCAAUUCAUAUCAUUUGCCUGGAUGGUCUGUGAGCAUCUUGCCAGAUUGCAGAAGUGUUAUUCUUAAUACUGCAAAGAUUAAUUCCAUGUCUAUGACUUCAAGCUUUGCAACUGAAUCUUUAAAAGAAGAGGUUGAUUCUUUGGACAGUUCAAGUUCGAGAUGGAGUUGGAUUAGUGAACCAGUCGGUAUUUCAAAGCCUGAUGCAUUCUCAAAAUAUGGACUACUUGAACAAAUAAACACGACGGCCGAUAGAAGUGACUACUUGUGGUACUCAUUAAGCAUUGUUGUUGAAGAUAAUGCUGGUGCUCAACCUGUUCUUCACAUUAAAUCCCUUGGUCAUGCCCUUCAUGCUUUUAUAAACGGAAAACUUGCAGGUAGUGGAACAGGAAACAAAGGAAAGGCUAAGGUGAAGGUGGACAUCCCUAUUACACUUGUAGCUGGAAAGAACACAAUUGAUCUCCUUAGUUUAACAGUGGGAUUACAGAACUAUGGAGCAUUUUAUGACAGAGUGGGCGCAGGGAUCACUGGUCCGGUAAUAUUGAAAGGUUUAAAAAAUGGCAGUACCAUCGAUCUCUCGUCCCAUCGGUGGACAUAUCAGGUUGGACUUCAAGGUGAAGAUUUAGGUCUGUCUAGUGGAAGUGUUGGACAGUGGAAUUCACAAUCCACCUUACCUACAAAUCAACCUUUAACUUGGUACAAGACGAAAUUUGUUGCCCCUUCUGGAAGAAACCCGGUUGCAAUUGACUUCACGGGGAUGGGAAAAGGCGAAGCUUGGGUGAACGGACAGAGCAUUGGGCGAUACUGGCCUACAUACAUCGCUUCAAAAUCUGGUUGUACUGACUCAUGCAAUUAUAGAGGAUCCUAUAAUUCAUCCAAAUGUCUCAAAAACUGUGGAAAACCAUCACAGACAUUGUAAGUGUUAGAUGUAACACCCCAUACAUAACUGACUAGUAUAUUAUGCAUGAAACGUUAAAAUUGAUAUUGAGUACAUACAAAAGCUAAGAUACAAGAUGAUCCAUAUGAAUACAACAUGGAAUCAUAUUAACAAUUACAAAACAUGUGUCUUCAUGGAUCUGCACAGCGGAAAGAUGAGAUCUGACGAGGUCUCCGAGCCAUCACCACUUCGUUGUCUUCAUUCCAAACCUGUUACCUGUCAAACGCUACUAAACCGCACCUGAAAAAAAAAUAAGUUGAUUGGGAUGAGAUUACUAAAUCUCAGUGAGUCCUCCUAUCCUAUGGGUCCACUCGGUUCUACAGGGUACAUGCAUCAACAAAACCGAAUCCACCAUUGAUCCGGGGUUUAUCCUCGCAUCCGGUACAAAUACGGAGCAAACACAUGAUUCGUCCACCAUAGGAGUCAUCAUAUCACAAGUAUACAAAUAGUAUAACAACCACGUAUGCCAUAACCCAUACCCGUGUAUGGGGAAUCCAGAAGUACGUUAAUACCGCUAGACUAAGCUACUAACACACCCUCGGUGGGUUCACCCAUGCCUAUUUGUCAAGAGACUUGCACAAGCACCCUGCAAGAAUGAUUAAAUGGGUUCGCACAAGCCUACAUGGCUGCGAGAUGACCUUGCCUAAGAGGCGACACCGUCCCAUUAACCAUCUGUACGCACGUGGUGUUAACAGCAAGUGCAACACGCCGUCUCGACGCAUGAGCCCAUCCGGGUAGGAACCUAAUGAUGUAGCCUACAUGGCAUCACUAGAGAUGGUUUACCUGUUAUGCGUAGGCUUACUUAGCCGCAUAACGCCAUCAUACCGAGCACGCGAGUGUGUAUACAGCAAGUGAGUAAAAAGCCCCGUACGGCACUCACAAGCACACUGCAACGGUAGUUCAGGUAUGUGCCUCUGGGAUCCAUGAUCAGGGCAGUCCCACGGACAACUCCAGGACCCACGGUCCGAAUCGUAACUUAGUACCGGGUCUACUUCGAUUCUAGCAUACCACACGCAUAACAAGCGUCAAUCACACAAUACAAUCAAUACCGAUCGUUUAACCAAAACGACGGUGUUAGCAGGAUUUUCAUGUAUAAAACAUAAUGGCAUAACAUUCUCAAUUAUGGAUAUCACAUCACAAUAAGCAAUA